GACAUUGUGAACACUUGGAAUAUUCCACAAGGUCUUGAUCUUAAGGUGAAAAUAGGACAGUUUUCUCCAUUUGCUCUACAUGAUCAUCAACUAUCUUUAUCUGAAGAUUUGGUAGAGUGGGCCAUAGAAACUACAGAGGCUGUUCUUUCUGUCUGCAGUGAAAGUUGUAGUCCUGGAUUCAGGAAAUCGCUUCAGGAGGGAAAGGCUGCCUGUUGCUUUGAUUGUACCCCUUGCACAGAGAAUGAGAUGGCGAAUGGGACAGACAUGGAGCAGUGUGUGAAGUGUCCAGAUCACCAGUAUGCCAACACACAGAGAAACCAGUGCCUCCUAAGAGCUGCAAGCUUCCUGGCAUAUGGGGAAACCUUAGGGAUGGCUUUGGCCUGCAUGGCUCUUGGUUUAUCGACACUCACAGCAGCUGUCCUUGGGGUAUUUGUGAAACAUCACAACACCUCCAUUGUCAAGGCGAAUAACCAGGCUCUCAGCUACAUCCUGCUCCUCUCCCUCAUCUUCUGUUUCCUCUGUUCCUUGCUCUUUAUUGGUCGUCCCAACACAGUCACCUGCAUUCUACAGCAAACCACAUUUGGAGUUGCAUUCACUGUCGCUGUUUCUGCUAUUUUGGCCAAAACUGUAACUGUGGUUCUGGCCUUCAAGGUCACUACUCCAGGGAGAAAGAUGAGGAGGCUUCUGAUGUCAGGGGCUCCUAACUUCAUCAUUCCCAUCUGCACCCUGAUCCAGGUGACUCUCUGUGGUAUCUGGCUGGGAACCUCUCCUCCAUUUAUUGACACAGACACACACUCUGAACAUGGCCACCUCAUCAUCCUGUGUAACAAGGGGUCCUACACUGCCUUCUACUGUGUCUUGGGCUACCUGGGCUCCCUGGCCCUGGCCAGCUUCACUGUGGCUUUCCUGGCCAGGAACCUGCCUGACACCUUCAAUGAAGCCAAGUUCCUGACCUACAGCAUGCUAGUGUUCUGCAGUGUGUGGCUCACCUUCCUGCCUGUCUACCACAGUGCCAAGGGCAAGGUCAUGGUGGCUGUGGAGGUCUUCUCCAUCUUGGCCUCCAGUAUAGGGCUCCUGGGCUGCAUCUUUUUCCCCAAGUGCUACAUCAUUCUGAUAAGGCCUGAUAUAAAUUGUGCGCAUGGCUUUAGGAACAGAAAAGGCCCUGUGCAAAUUAAGCCCUCCUAA